AACACUUUCCCCACCAAAAGCCCAAACCAUCACCAACCCAAAAAUCACCAGCAAUUGCCAUCCCCCCAGCCAGAAAAAAAUGUUACCGACACUCCGCCUUCUCGCCCAAGUCGGAACCCAGCGCCUCGCGCCCUUCUCCACAACCGGAAUAGCAGGAAUCCUCACACACCCGAACCCCCGACCAGCCCUCAUCGCAGUCUACAACCACACCAUAUCCCUCCUCUCCCGACUACCGCAACACUCUGUCUACCGCCAGUCGACGGAGAACUUCACAAAGCACCGCCUGGCAAUCGUCGAGUCGGUCAAGCCAGAGGGGUGGGAAGGGUACCAAGCCGCCCUCAAGUCCGAACGGGAAGCCAACGGUAUCCGGGGAAAAAAGGACACGGAGUUCGAAUUGAAGGUGGUCGGAAAGCAGUUCUCCGUAAUGGCGAACAGGGUCACUACGGAUAGUCCAGUCAUACAAGCCUUCUUGGAUAAAGAGGUGGGCCGCUGGGGGCUCGACCCUGCAGUCGAUACCUCUGCCGCGUAUGUUGGGGAUGAUGUUCCGGUUGAGCAGAAGGGCUCUUCAAGUGAGGUCCCGCUGCUGCCUGAGGAGCCGCCGUUGCACGCCGAGCAGGUUGCUGAGUUGGAGGAGAAGAUUGGUGCCGGGCUUAUUGAGGAAGUUCUUGAGCAGGGGUGGAAUGAGCUGAACCUUAUAAAGGAGAUGGAAGAGGCGAAGGUUUGGGAGUCGUUGGAGGUUCAACCGGAGGAGGGUCAGUGGGUUGGGUUCGAGCGGACACCAUAAUGGGAGGGAAUUUUGGAGGGGAUUCUGGUUCUUGUCGCGUGUAACUAAACAUUGACGCCACAGUUCUUGAUGCUUUCACGAUUGAGCGGCAUCAUUCAUUCGCUCUUAAUUCCCUGUUUAUUUAGAGGAGUUUGCUCUGUUGGUUCGUAUUGGGGCAGGAUGGUUUGGCGAUAUCACGAUGAGUGAACAGGGGCCUGUCGAUGUCAAAUAGUUCUCGUGGUUGGUCAGGCUCUUUACAGCUCGAAUUCCUAACUUUUGGUGCUUUCACAAGAUCGGCUUGACCCACAUUUGG